GAUGUUUCAAAGCGAAACGCAUGUCCGCUGCGGAAGAAUUAGACAGGGUGGCGGUACCGAUCCGUGCGAGCUCACAGUAGGUACUGCAUUGAAAGAUUACUGGUGGCCCGGAGGCCUUUCCAGUUUCACCAGGACAGGUGGGCGAGCAAAAGCUCAGCCAGGAGGUGUGGGAUUUGCUAACAACUGCCCGAGCGCCUCCGAAGGAGACCUAACAACUCCAGAGCAAUUGCUUCGCGAAUAAAUCUACUACCGGAUCGGAAUCGCGACCCACUGAGAAGAUCCGGCGAGAAACUCAGCGGGCUCUUCAAGUAAUCUCGAAGCGUGCACCUAGUUUUUUCCAUUCCAUGAAGUAGGACGCGUGGUUGCGGCAUGCAUCGGCGCGACUCGGCUGUUCGAACGUGUGUGUCGAUCUUAGAAUCGCAAGACCAUUAACUACAUUCAGUUAUACGCCAAAGUCCGAAGUAAUAACGCGCUUCAAAACAUUUAAAUUAAUAUAUUAUUUGAAACAAAAUAAAUCGUUGAUAGCCCCGGGAAGUGAUAUUAAAAAUUUACAAUGCCUGACCAAGAGAUGGUUGAGAACCGUGACCUGGUAGCGAUUAAGGACUGGCUGUGUAGACAGCCUCACUUGCCGCACGAAGUUGAUGACAUUCUCUUGCUUCGAUUUCUGAGCAGCGCAAAGUACAGCUUGGAAAAGGCCAAGAAGACCAUAGACCUGUUCUUCACCGUCCGCUCUAAUGCGCCGGAGCUGUUCUGUAAGAGAGAUCCCUGGGCACCCGAGAUCAAACGGAUCUUUGAUGUCACCGACAUGCUACCUCUGCCGAACAAAACGAAAGAGAACUACAAAGUGUUCAUAUAUCGUCUGAGCACCACGGAUCUGGAUCUGUUCAACUUCGUAGACGCCGUUAAGACUUUCUUCAUGCUGGCCGAUACGAGGCUGACGGAGGACCAGGACGUUCCCGCCGGAGAAGUCCCUAUAUUCGACUCUGCUAACGUGACCUUGAAGUUCAUCGGGAAAAUCAAUCUCUCGGCGCUUAGAAAAUACAUGAUUUACACACAGGAAGCGAUGCCCAUACGACUGAAGCAGGUACACGUGAUCAAUGCUCCUUCGUAUAUCGGCAAAUUGUACGCCAUCUGCAAACCCUUCCUCAAGACUGAAGUCGCCAAACUGAUUAAAUUUCACGAGCCGAACUCCGACACUCUAUACAAAGACAUUCCACAAGAAAUACUGCCUUCAGACUACGGCGGCAAAGCUGGCUCCGUCGAACAAAUCAAAAGGGAAUGGAUUAAGAAGAUGGAAGCCAAAAGAGAUUGGUUUUUAACAAACGAUACGCGCUGGGCGGUCGACGAAUCUCAACGGCCCUCCAGUUGUCAGGACGCAAGAGUGGACAAACUCAAAGAUCUACCGGGCUCGUUCAGAUCGCUCGCUUUGGACUAAUUAUAAUAGGAUUAAACUCAUAAGAUUAUUACAUAAAGUACAUUAUAUUUUUACGCGAAAUGCACUGUGGGCGAUUGAAAAUGAAAUUGUGACAAAACAUCGUAUGAACAACGAAAGAAGAAAAUAAAUGGGAAGCAUGAUUGAGAAGCGUAUUAACAAUUUUAGUUAUUAAUCCUCAUUAAGUAGUCGGAAUUUCGACCUUAAUCAUUGAUGCUUCAAGAGCUACAUUCAUUUACGUAGUUUUAUUUUCUGUUUGGUGAUACACAUUUUUUCUAGCAUGGAUAGGUAAAAACCAUUUCCAAUUAUUAUUUUUCGCAACUCGAAGCAUAGUACAAUAAAAUUAAAAAGAAUAAUACAAUAAUAAUAGUGCAAUAAUGUAAAAAUGUGUUAUAUAGUACAAUAGAAAAAGAAUUAAAUAUAUAUUUAAUAACAUAUGUAUAUGAGUCUACUAUAUUCUACUAUAAUCUUCGCUAUUGGUAAAUAUCAUUUUCCUCGUCCACUUUUUGGGUAUCAUGGAGCUUAAUUGUAUAAAUACUUUCAAAAUGAUUAUAAAGCUUAAAAACGAUUAUUUAGUAUUUACGAUUAUUUUAAUCAUACCUAUUUUAUUUUUAUUAGUUACGUACAAAAGUAAGACGUUAAAAUCAUUUUAUAAUUCAAUGGGAGGGUAGUUUCUAAAAUAUGUAAGUAUAUUAGAUAUGACUUUUUGGCGGGAACGCGAGGAGUGAAGUUGUGUGAUUUGUUUUAUUUUGUCUAUUUAGUGUUUCUUCGGGUUUAAAUGUGUAAUAAUGGUGGUUUAUUAACUGUUUAAUAUCUGUGAAAGUGCACAAAUGUGGAAAGUUGAAACAAAGCCGCUGGACGUAACUUCUCGGGAUCCUCCAAAAAGUCCACUGAAAAAAUCUUAGUAAAUGACCACAAUUUUACUGAGAUUAUAUUUCAUCCCAUAUCAUCUCAUUUCAUUUCAUUUUAUUUCAUCCCAGUUGAUUAAUGUCUCUAAUUAAUCGUCUUCAUUUCAUUUCACUCCAUAAUAUAAUUUUUCAUAAAAAUAUGAAUAUAAAUUAAAAUAAGACAUGACUUAAAGGUCUCAGUUACCAGGUCAUAAAACCCCUUAAAAAAAAAGUAUAUUAGAUAUCCUUGCACGAGUUACGCAGUCGGUAUAAAUGUAUGCUUGAGCAACAUUAUAUUACAGACAAAUUGGAUUCUCCGUAUAUCUAUGUACAAAUAACUUUUCACAAUUGUUUCGAUAAAAAUAUUCCUGAAGGCGCUGUUUAAUCGCAAUUUAUAAAAUUCGCUCGUUACCGUCUUAACUUACAGUUGAAAAUCGCUUAUCAUAUUUAAUUGUGCGCUUGAUGUGCUCAACCGUUGAUUCAAUCGCGGGUUGAAAUCUUCAAACAUUCCAAUAUCAAUUUCAUUAAAAAUGAACUUUAAGAAAAUUAUUUUUGUAUAUAUUUUUAAAUUUUUACUGAAUAAAACACUCCAAAUUCUA